AUGCAGUCUUCCUUUUUGAUUUUCGUAGUUGUAACGGUCAUAUUUGUAUUGUUCACAGCACCAUUUAUUCUGGCAGAAAAGUUUGAAGAUGUUGUUGCUGCUUGCAACAAAGAAAAUGGAUUGAAUGAAGAUUUUCAUAGUCUGAACUAUAAUGAUCCUGCAUUUCCAAAAGCAGCUAAGUGUGCUUUGUCUUGCUUAUUUGAGAAAAGGGAUGUGUUCAAGUCUGAUGGAUCCAUUGACAAGGCUAAGGCAAUAGCUAUGAAUGAAGAAGCAGUAACAGACGAAGAUUUAAAGAAAAAAUUCUUGAAGGCUAUUGAUGAAUGCGAUUUAACAGCUAAAGCCAACAAAUGUGAAACAGCUUUCGAAUUCGUCAAGUGUAAGAGAAAUAAGGUUUUGUCAGAAACUGUGGAAGGAUUAAAGGAGUUGUGUAAGGGACCUACAGAAAAAAACCAAAAGUUUAAUAUUGAUGAUCCUGAUUUUCCGAAGGAAGCUAAGUGUAUGUUGGCUUGCGGCCUUGAAAUGAAGGGUAUGUUUAAAGGAGAUGGCUCCAUUGACAUAGAAAGGGAGAAAUUGUUUGCAGAGGCAUUAAUGGAAAACGAAGAGAUAAAGAAGAAUUACAUAAAGGCAUUUGUUGAAUGCGAUCCAUCAGCUAAAGAAAAUAAAUGCGAAACAGCUUACCAGUUUGCGAAGUGCAUGAAGAACAAG